CAGAAUCCGGCCAACAUUUCGAAACACCUGUCGAACCCGAAAGUUAUGAAACUGUUUUCGAAAAUUGGCAGCGCUGCAGGCGGUUUCGGCAUGGGUACAGGAAAUGCUCAGGGAGGCAGCGGUGAGCAGCAGCAGCAGCAAAAGGCGGAUGGUGGUGGCGCAACGACAACAGAUAUGCCUCCGCCACCGAAGAAAGCACCUGAGCCAGAUCUUGAUUGA